GCCGGAGGCAAGGCCAAGUCACGCUCUUCUCGCGCCGGCCUUCAGUUCCCCGUCGGUCGUAUUCACCGUCACCUGAAGAACGGCAACUACGCCCAGCGCAUUGGUGCCGGUGCUCCCGUCUACCUCGCGGCCGUCAUGGAGUACCUCGCCGCUGAGAUCCUCGAGCUGGCCGGUAACGCCGCCAAGGACAACAAGAAGACGCGUAUCAGCCCCCGCCACAUCCAGCUGGCCGUCCGCAACGAUGAGGAGCUGAACAAGCUG